UCCCUCUACUUUCCCUCUGAAACUUUCUCUCACUUGGUUUUAAGGUUCGAGAGCACAAGUCGCUGUGGAGCUUUCAACACUUGUCAGUAACCCAGUGAGACCCUAACAGCGACUCUAUCGGACCCAUGUUGAGAAGAAGCCGUACAUCACUCUCUUCUCUGUAGAGUGUUCACCAACAAAAGCAAACAACGAAAUAAAUGAGAACCCACUUUACUGUUUUUAGCGUUCCACAGAUUCCCUUCUUCUCUAUCUAUCUUCCGUGGAUCAUAACAAUGAGAUUUUGCAGCUCGGAAUAGUUGGAAACAAUUAACAGGGCCUUGUUUGAAUCACUCUGUAUUUGAAAGCUGGUCUGGGGUUGUUAAGUGGCUCUCUGUUGAUGGCAAAUGGAGAAGUGCAGGGACCUUAUUGUCCAUGGUAUGCCAGUUUUCUUCUUCAUGUUCUCUCAUUUGGGGGGCCUGGUAAGAACCUUGAAAGAAUAGAAGUGAAUGAUCCUAAUGAGGUUUCUGUGGUAAUACCUAAAAGAAGAGGUGGUCUACGCCAUUCUGUUUCGGCCCAAGAUUUGAGAUAUAGGGAUAUAGAAAAGGAGAAACAUGAUGGCCAAUCUCCUAGAGGAGUUUUGGAAGCUUGCGUGGAAAGCUUUGAAUCUGAAACUAGCGUUUCUGAAAACAGCAAACCAGAAGCAGAAGCUUCUUGUCCAGAUUCAAAGCCUCAAUCUCACUGGUGUAGAUUUUUUAAGCUGUGGAGUAAAAGAUCAAUCAAGCAGCACUUCUUCCCUCUUGGUGUAUCCAAGAUGUCAAUAAAAAGAAGGAGCAACAGUACAAAAGACAAUUCAGUACUGACUAAUAUCUACAACUUCAAGUCUCCAUUAAAGAGUUUCUCCUUCUCUGCACUCCAAACCGCCACCAAUAAUUUCAACAAUGAAAAUAUAAUUGGAAAGGGUGGCUAUUCCGAAGUAUAUAGGGGGACUUUAAAGGAUGGGCAACUAGUAGCAGUAAAGCGGCUGACUAAUGGAACAUCCGAUGAGAAAACUGCAGGCUUUCUAUCUGAACUUGGCAUUAUAGCUCAUGUAGAUCAUCCUAAUACUGCUAAGCUAAUUGGCUGUUGCGUUGAAAAAGGAAUGCACCUUGUUUUUCAAUUAUCUCCACUUGGGAGUUUAGGAUCUCUCCUGCAUGGUCCAAAGAAUUAUAUUCUUGAUUGGAGUAAAAGGUAUAAAAUAGCGUUAGGGGCAGCAGAUGGUCUGCUGUAUCUUCAUGAUAGUUGUCAGAGGCGAAUCAUCCAUAGAGAUAUCAAGGCUGAUAAUAUUCUACUUACAGAGGAUUUUGUGCCUCAGAUAUGUGACUUUGGGCUUGCAAAGUGGCUACCGAAACAAUGGACUCAUCACAACGUCUCUAAGUUUGAGGGCACAUUUGGGUAUUUUGCUCCUGAAUAUUUCAUGCAUGGGAUUGUAGAUGAAAAGACUGAUGUUUAUUCUUUUGGAGUCCUACUCUUGGAGCUUAUAACUGGGCGUCCAGCUUUGGAUAAUCUUCAGCAAAGCCUUGUAAUUUGGGCAAAGCCCUUGCUUAAUAAAAAUGACGUCAAGGAGCUUGUUGAUCCUUCUAUUGGUGACAACUAUGACAGCACAGAGAUGGAUCAUAUGAUUUUGACUGCAUCUUUAUGCAUAGAGCAGUCUUCUAUUCUACGUCCCCGCAUGAGUCAGGUUGUGGUACUGCUAAGAGGUGACGAGUAUGUCUCCAAGUGUGCAAAAGAAACGAAAAGGAGGUCCCUGCUGAGAACAUACUCGGAAGAACUGAUGGAUGCACAAGAAUAUAACUCAACAAAGUAUCUGAGGGAUCUCCGCCGACACAAGCAGAUUGCUUUUGACAUUUGAAAAUAGAUUGAUGGAAUUUUCCCAAAGCUUGGUGAUUGUUGUCAGUUCUCGUUGUUCAGCUUUCUGGUGUGCUUGCAUAUUCCAUGGUGAUCUAAGUCGGUUUACUUGGUUUUCCAUGGUGAUUGCAAGCACUCUUAUUACUGGAAACCGUGACUUUUUGGUGGUGUUGUAACUUGAGCAAUGUGAGAGAUGUUGAUAAGCAACACGAUUUCAGUGUGUUUGCUGAUGACCGUGAAAACUUCAUUUCAAGCACCAUGGAUAUCCAAGAGCCAGGAUGGUUGUUUCGAAUCGCAUGUAAUGUAAGAUGACUCUGUUUUUAUAUUUCCAUUGUACAAACCCAAUUGCUAGCUUGUGUUCUUCUUCCAUUGCUUGGUACAUAGCUCAAACUUGCUGUAAUGUCACUGUUUGGAAGAUAUCGGUUAUGGAUUAUGUUCUUCAACUCUUAUGUAAAUUGGGCUUGUCCUAAACAUGUUGGUAAUGCUCAAAAUGCCAUAGGCCCAUAUGAGUACCAUUUGAUGGAUCCAUUUCUGGUGCAUUUUAGUCCUCAUAAAUGGGCCUUGACCCGAUAUUGUGAGGUGAUAAACUUUGUUGGAAAAUACUUUCAUUUUGAAAGAGCUCGUCCAAAUUUUUGUCAUCA